GAAAGCUUUGUUCGGAUUUUGGUGCUCUGUUAUUCUUCCUUCGGCGUUUUUCUUUCCGGCCUCCUUUGUGCUUGUCGAGUUUUAACCUAUCGUAUUUGGUGUACUGCGUUUCGAGUUUCCAGGCCAACGAUUACAUGGACUUUGAUUCAAAUGAUGUUCCCUUCAGUGCAUCUGAAGCCGUUUACUCAAUCGUUUGAUGUUAAUACAAUGCAAGUUUCUCCGGGAUCCACUAUGUACUGCACACCGGAUUGUGACCCUGCUUUUAAACCGCAUGUUGGUAUGUUGUUCAACAACUUGCAUGAUGGUAUGAGUUUUUAUGAUCAAUAUGCAAAAAUUUGUGGUUUUGAAUCACGUAAAAGUAGUCAAAAAAGGGCUCGUGGUGGCGUUAUUCUUUGGAAACAUAUGGUGUGUAAUAGGCAGGGCUUCAAAAAUGUAUCUAAAUCUAAGACGGUUGCACCUAACAGUGAUUCCUGCAAGAAUGUUGAUUUAGAUAAUGAGUGUAGCGGUGAAAACGAAGAGUUCAUUAUUAAAAAUGAGUCAUGUGAAUCUGAUGGACCUGAAAAUGAAGAGGAAGCUCACGUUGAAGAUUUAGCAACUCCUGGCGUAUGCGUCGAUGAUGACAAGAAAACAAGACACACAAUUUCUAAUAGGUGUGAUUGCAAAGCUCGUGCAGUUUUUAGGUUUGUAGGCAUGGAUGGAUACAAAAUUAAAUUCUUCGAGGAGAGGCAUAAUCAUUCAAUGUCUUCCCCUUCUUCACUACCUUUUUUAAAAAUCAACAGGAAACUCGACAUUGG